AUGGGGAUUCCAGGACUCGGCAAAGCAAUUGGAAACGCCGAUCGAAUCGCUCUGUCCAGAUUCGCAAUCAGACACCUGGAGGUCUCCAAACGCCCUAUCCGAAUUGCCGUUGAUAUCUCUAUUUGGCUUUUCCAGCUACAAGCUGGUCGAGGCGGACAGAAUCCAGAACUCCGAACCCUGUUCUUCCGAUUAAUACGACUCCUUGCCUUGCCAAUUCAUCCCCUCUUCGUCUACGAUGGAAAGCAAAAGCCGCCAUUUAAGCGGGGAAAAGCAACAACAGCUCGCAGUUAUGGUUCCGCGCCGAUAAUCAACCUGUCUAAAAUCUUGAUAGAUUUAUUCAAGUUUCCACGACAUGAUGCGCCGGGGGAAGCGGAGGCCGAAUGCGCAAGACUACAGCAAGCGGGGGUUGUGGAUGCAGUCAUGAGCAAUGAUAUCGACACUUUGAUGUUUGGAUCUGGCCUUACGGUCAUGAAUUUCUCAAAAGAGGGUUCAACGGGAACCUCGGCCGCCACUCAUAUCGAUUGCUACACUACCGAAUCACAGCUUGACGUUGAGGCUAACGUAAAACUGAGCCGGGCGGGUAUGGUUCUAUUUGCAAUGUUAAGCGGUGGAGAUUACUUGCCAUCCGGUGUCACAAAAUGCGGUCCUGGUCUCGCUGGUGAGAUUGCGAAAGCCGGAUUCGGUGAGGACCUUUUUGAUAUCAUAUACUCCAGCGAAGACGAGGUGGAGGCCAAACUCGCAGAAUGGAGGGAGCGGCUCCAAUACGAACUCGAUGAGAAUGAAAGCGGUUAUUUCCAAUCAAAGCACAAGGCUGUCCGAAUCCCAGAUACAUUUCCUGAUCGGCAAAUCUUAUCAUUCUAUGCGAGACCUAUUGUCUCCGAAAACCGGGACAUUGAGCUAUUGCGCCAGCGACUUGUCGGAGCUUGGGACCACGAGAUAAAUGCCCUUGAACUUCGACACUUUGUUGCAAACUACUUUGAUUGGAAAUACCGCUCGGGAGCGAGAAAGUUGGUGCGAAAUCUGGCAGAACCGUUGAUUCUGACCAGACUUCGACUUGCUCGAUCUCCAAUUGCCCCGUUUGGCUACGGAUCUUAUGUCCCGAAUCCAGAUUUGCCUGUCCUGCAGAGGAUAUACCGCAGUCGAAUGCAUUUCAGUACAGGCUGUAUUUCCCAAGUUCAAGUGGAAAUGAUACCUGCCGAUGUUGUCGGGCUGGAUUUAGAGGCGGAAGAACCUAAUCCUCCUCCAGAGUGGUCGCAGCUUACUGAACCAAGUACUCAACCAGUGGAAGAUGAAGAUGAUGCAGGUGGCGAAGCCGCACCUGUAGAAGACCAAGCACCGAAGUUCCAUGCACCCAAAAAUCCAUACAAUCCGUUCGAGCCGGAGAAGAUCUGGGUAUUUGAAACUGUGGCAAAGAUGGGAAUCCCAGAUGUAGUGGAGCGUUGGCAGAAGCAGGAAGCGGAGAAGAAAGCUCCCAAGAAGCCAGCGCCAAAGAAGAUGACGACUAGGAAGAAGGUAAUUGAUCCGAGCAUGAAGCCGGGUGGUAUUCUUCGUUACACAACUGUCACGAAACCGGGCAGUGACAUGAACAGUGUCAAGAAGGCUCACAUCCUGGACGCCGCAGGGUUAUCGUCAUCGCCACAGCAAUCUUCAAGUCAAAGUACUUACAGCAGUCAAUAUAACGCCAUAUCUGAUAUAGGGAUUUUUUCAAGUCAAUCUCCACAGCAGAGUCAACAAUCAAUGAAGCCGUCAGAUCUGGCUAUAGAUGAACUUGCUAGUCAAUUUUCUGCAACCUGCAGCAUAGGAGAUGGAUACAGUGAUGUGCGAGACUCAGGCUUUAGACAUCCUCCAUCUAUUCGCGGAUUUGAUUCGAACAGUUUUGACUUCGAUUCUGAGCUUGAAGGUUCUGUUACUUUCUCUCCAUUGCAUUCACCAUCGCCGACAAAGUUCAAAAUUAGCUACACGGCUGCUGGCAGCCUUUCGCCUCUCGCGAUCGAAACCAUACGGGUCAAUCCUCUGACUUCAGCCGUAUCCCCUAACCCGAAACUUCGGCGCUCAAACAGGAUCAAGGCAAAACAAUCCAGCAGCGAAAAGUCAUUAGAGGCGACAUUUGAAUUGCUCAGCCUUUCUCCUGCAGUCAAGAGUCCAGAAUCUGAGACACAUAAUGAUACGCAAAAAUUGCGAAAGCCUAGGUCAAAGGCAGCAGCUAAGUCUAACGAACCACUUUCUGUGCCAUCGCCGAAAGCUCCUGCAGUUCGGCUCAAGGAUGAACAUAAACCGUCUGCCCUGCAAGAGCAGGAAGGUGAACCAAAAGUAAAGAAAUUUAUUGAAGUUAUCGAUCUCGAAGUUAUUGAGCAAGCGCCACCCAAAGUCGAUGUCGAGGUCGAGGAGCCGGAUCAGAGUCAAUCGCAGCCUCCCAAAACUCUUACAGAGGUAAUACGAACUCACAAAGGAUUCUGGACCCUGGAUCUUUGCGAACAGGAUGAAACUCACCCUGCAACCCACGAAGCACAACAAGAGCAUGACGAAGACACCGAGAAGGGUAAAGACAAGAAGAAGAGAAUUGCACGUGUCAGUCUCUUGGAUAUGAGGUGA